UCUGUCCUGAAAUGUUGCCCACCCUGUGGCUGUGGUAGGACCAUGGGGACCAAGAGCCACCACCUCGGCCUGGGAUUUCUACUCCUGCUCUUUAUUCCUGCAGAGUGCCUGGGAGCAGAGGGGAGACUGGCUCACAAGCUGUUUCGUGACCUGUUUGCCAACUAUACAAGUGCCCUGAGACCUGUGGCAGACACAGACCAGACUCUCAAUGUGACCCUGGAGGUGACAUUGUCUCAGAUCAUCGAUAUGGAUGAACGGAACCAGGUGCUGACCUUGUACCUGUGGAUCCGGCAGGAGUGGACAGAUGCCUACUUACACUGGGACCCCAAAGCCUAUGGUGACUUGGAUGCAAUCCGCAUUCCCAGCAGUCUAGUGUGGCGACCAGACAUCGUACUCUACAACAAGGCAGAUACCCAGCCACCAGCCUCAGCCAGCACCAAUGUGGUUGUUCGGCACGGUGGCGCCGGGCGGUGGGCCCCCCCAGCCAUAACACGCAGCUCGUGCCGCGUGGACGUGUCUGCCUUCCCGUUCGACGCGCAGCGCUGCGGCCUGACCUUCGGCUCAUGGACUCACGGUGGGCACCAGCUGGACGUGCGGCCCCGAGGAUCGUCUGCCAGUCUGGCUGACUUCGUGGAGAACGUUGAGUGGCGCGUGCUGGGCAUGCCGGCGCGCAGGCGUGUGCUCACCUACGGCUGUUGCUCGGAGCCCUACCCGGAUGUGACCUUCACGCUGCUUCUGCGACGCCGUGCUGCCGCCUACGUUUGCAACCUGCUGCUGCCCUGUGUGUUCAUCUCCUUGCUGGCGCCACUGGCCUUCCACCUGCCCGCUGACUCUGGGGAAAAGGUGUCUCUGGGUGUCACCGUGCUCCUGGCGCUCACCGUAUUUCAGCUGAUCCUGGCAGAGAGCAUGCCGCCUGCAGAGAGUGUGCCACUCAUCGGGAAGUACUACAUGGCCACCAUGACCAUGGUCACGUUCUCCACAGCUCUUACCAUCCUCAUCAUGAAUCUGCAUUACUGUGGCCCUAGUGCACAUCCAGUUCCUGCCUGGGCUCGAAUCCUCCUGCUGCAACACCUGGCCAGAGGCCUGUGUGUGCGGGAACGAGGGGAGCCCUGUGGCCAGUCCAGGCCACUGGAAUCAGCCCCCAGCCUCCAGCCUCCAGCUGGUCUCCCAGCAGGGCCUUGUCAUGAGCCACGGUGUCUAUGCCAUCAGGAAGCCCUUCUGCAUCAUGUGGCUUCCAUUGCCAGCACCUUCCGCAGCCACAGGGCUGCCCAGCGCUGCCAUGAAGACUGGAAGCGCCUGGCUCGAGUGAUGGACCGCUUUUUCCUAGGCAUCUUCUUCUGCAUGGCUCUAGUCAUGAGCCUCCUGGUACUGGUCCAAGCCCUGUGAGGGCCAGGAACUGGAUCUUAGGGAACUGUGGUCACCUCAACACCACCAGGCAGGAAUGACAAAACCCAGCUGAUUUUUUGGGACUCAGAUAGGCCAGCCAGUCUCUCCCCAAACUACUGCUAAGAGUCAAGAACAGCUUUUCAGGUCCAGCACUUCUGACCUCACAAUCCACAAACAGCCUUUGUGAUCUUCAAGCUCUAACUGAGGGGGAUCCAAAGCCUGCCUCUCCCUUAAUUACAAUAUGGUUGAGGUCAAGGUACAGACUUGGAGAAUAAGACUCAAUGUCAGUUGAGCAAGCUGGUGCACUCCUGUAAUCCCAGCACAUGGAGGUUGAGACAGGAGGCUGCCAUAAGUUCAAGAACAGCCUGAGCUCCAGAAUAAUAACCACCCAUGUCUACACUUGGAAUUAUAACUGAGUUGGGAGGAUUCAGGUUAUUUUUAUUUUGUUGAGUCAGAGUCUCACUAUGUACCCCCUUUUG